GACCCGAUUAGCGUCGUCUUCUUUUCUACUUCCGUCAACAGUCUCCACUCCUCUUCUCUUCCAAAAAGUCUUCAAUGCUUCAAUUUUGGACGGUUUCUUCGUGAUUCCUUCUUUGAAUUCUCUCUCGUCUUCCUUUCCUCCAUCUCCUUAAAAAAUCCCAUUUAAAAGAAACGUAACUAACCCCACCAACUAUUCACCAGAACCUCAUUUGCUCUUCUUCUGUUUGUAUCUCUAAUUCUUGAUUCUGAUUUCCCCUUUGUGAACCCCAUCUGCAUUUUUGCUCAGCUUCGCUUAACUUCUCUGGAUUCCUUUCGUUUUCUCGAAUUAAACAUUAUCUUGUGUUGUCUGAGUUGUCUGAUCUACUAACGAAUUGGGAACCAAGAACAGGUAUGGAUGGGUCUGGUAGUAGAUCAGUAUUUGGGAAUCCCAAGACAGUGGAGAUUACGGGGAAGAUCAUGGUGGUAGCAAUUAUUCUCCUUUUCUUGGUGGUUGUCUUCGUUCUUAUCCUCCAUGUCUAUGCGAAAUGGUACUGGUGGCGAACUGAACAACCUCCUGUUCCUCCUCCUGCUACUCGGCGCCAACGACGCCGUUUCGUUUUUGCUCCCGGCCAAGACCCCUUGCGCACUGCCGGCCUUGACCCCUCCAUUCUCCGUUCACUCCCCGUGGUAGUUUUUAGGCCGCAAGAUUUCAAAGAUGGGUUGGAGUGUGCGGUUUGCUUAUCGGAGCUUGUUGAGGGAGACAAAGCUAGAUUGCUAACCAAAUGUAACCAUGGCUUCCAUGUUGACUGCAUUGACAUGUGGUUCCAGUCUCAUUCCACUUGCCCUCUUUGCCGAAACAUGGUAGCUGCUCCUGAUCGGGUCGAUUCGGUUCGGGUCGGAUCCGUGGCAGAUGAUACUGCUGGUCAUGUUCUGUCUCCAUAUGAAAGUUUGGCUUCUGGGUAUUCAAUGGAAGCUCCAAACUUUCCUACAAACAUCUUGUUUUGGGGUAACCAGACUCAGGUUAGCACCGGGGUAGCUUCAUUUGAAGACACUGCUACUACUACUUCUUCAUCUUUAGCUUCGCAGUCACCUUGGUCGCCUAGUCCUAGUACUAGUAGGCUGCUGGUAAUUGAUAUUCCAACAAGUAUGAGUGAGAGUGUAUCCUCAUCCUCUCCAAUGAGGUUUGCUGAAGAGGAAUCCAAGUCGCCAAUGCCCACAAGGUUAAGGUCUUUGAAGAGGCUUUUGAGCAGGGAUAAAAGGGUGGUUCCUAAUGGUAGUUCUAGUAGUUCUGUUGAAGUUUGAGGUAGUAAGAUAAGGUGGUUUACUGGCUUUGGAAAGCUGACUUAGAUGCCUGAAGAUUUGUUUUUAUCUCGGCACUUGUUGGCUUUGUUAAAGAUCAUCAAAUUGAAGUCUUCUAGUAUAUAUAUAUAUAUAUAUAUAUGUAUGAGAAGUUGGAGUUGCCGAUAUCUCCAUCUGGAAAUGGAUAGGACCUUGCUUCCUCUCUUUUGCUUAGUGGAGAUGAGAGAGUUGGGAUGUGAUGAAUACAGUCUAAUGCACAAGGUACUGUAACUCUCUUAAUGUGAACAGAUUAUUUACCAUUGCUGAAAUUGGGUAUAUACUUGAGUUCAGAAGAAAUAGGCUUCUCUGUCUCAAUGGGAUAGAUAGAUCAGUUCAUCUUCCUCUCCAAAGAUGUAAUUUGUGACAUUCUUGAUCCAAUGAUAGUUCAUGUUUUGCAGAA